AUGAAGAUUUUGUUGUUAGCUGUUUUACUGGGCCUUGUUCUUUCUGUUGACUGUAGACGACGUAAACCUCAGAGAGGAGGUAAAUAUGGACUCAAAAAAACAAAAGGUAAGUCUAUCAUAAUGAUCAAUCCUGUCGUCUUUUUGCCGAUAGUGUAAAUACUUUCCUAAAUACUCUUUCUAAGCAGAAUCUUAGAGUCUUUUCCAAGUCACUUCCGACCAACAAACGUUCCUUCUAAAAUGUGUCGGGCCUUAGACUUGCUACGAGUCGACCUCUUGCCGAGCGGAGCGAGCCUUGUUUGGCGGCGAAGCGGCAACCGCCAGCGACGAAGUCGCGAGAGGUCGACCUUCGUCCCGCGCCAUAUCUAAUCCGACAAAGGACCUUUUGAAAGUCCAGUCGGGCCUUUCUGCGUAAAGAGAUUGAAUGAAGAUUGAAUAAAUCGUCCCUCAGAGUUGCAAUUACUACGCUAUGAAGAAAUGGACUGUCUUCAAUCCGCCGGGUAGAGUUUUUGCGCCGUUUUGGUCUGAAAACGGUUUUGGCCCGGAAUCGGGUACGGUUUUCGAGGGAACUACAGGACUGUAUGAACGUAUUCAUCCUUUCAAUUCCAAAUGUGUUAGGAUGGAUUUCCACUGUCGCGUAAUUUUUCAAUGUAUGAAAUGUCGCGCGUAAACAUAAAAGUUGAACCUCGCUCAACUUCACGUCUAAGCUCGACACUCUUGCCUCUAGUAUAUUUCCGCGAGAAAAAUUUACGUGCGUGUACACGCACGUUAAAAUUUCGCGACAGUGGAAACCCACCCUGAGAAAGAAAGAGAAGUACGCGAAUUCGAAAUGGAUUUUAAGAAAUAUUUUCUUCAAAAUGACACUUUCUUGUCUGAAGUAGACAGGGGCACCCAACGAGGAUAUAGUUCAAAACCACUUCACAUAGCAUUGUUGAACGUAUUUUAGUAUUUAAACGGUAGGUAUAGGCAUAUUUUUAUCCCCUAAAAACUUUUCAUCUGUUCGGAUUUCCUAGCUGAAAGUCUAGUGAUCCGAAAAUUAUAGAGAUCAAAACUUACCUUUUCGAAAAUUUCAGCCAGGAAAAGGCUCCCGAAAAUUCUAGGUGGCCUUUUUCAGGGUAAAUAUCCGUUUAAAAUGGGUAAUUAUACCAUUUUGUAGAUGUUCGAAAAUCCUAGGAGAGGCAGGAAAGCAAGAAAUUUUACAACAAAUGUUCCGAAAAUUCUAGUUCUCAAAUCGUCUUCCGAACAGAUAUUUUCCCGAAAAUUGCCGUUGGGUGCCCCUGAGUAGAGUCAGGAUUUGGAGAACCGGGAGCAAACCGCACCAGGAAUUCCCAGGAGUAUCCCCGCGGGCUUUCGGAUGCAAUUUUGCCGCUUACGUGUGUCCCGAGGGCUGGGGGCACGAGUAACGUGCCACUGAACAGAAUACGGUUGUUCCCUUUAGUCUUAAACAAGGUAUUCAAUUUCACUAUUAAGCGUCUCGUCAAACAGGGUGUCUUUUUGGCCCUGAAGCCUUUGAAGGGUGUGAAGGUUGGCGAUCAGCCACCUGUGGUACUAACAAUAUUUUCGAAAUAUAAAACUGAAUCCGUUAGUUUAUUUUAAAAAAUUGCUUUCACCAGUAUAUAUACAUAAGCGAACUGACGUCAAUUUUGCCAGUGUAACUUUCCCCGAGGAAUAAAGUUCUGAUCGUCGAUCGCCAUGUUUGAUCAUAAUGCUCGUUCGAGAAGAAGAAUUUUAUGAGACAAUGUUAGCAGGUCUUUACAUCCCCGCGAGGAAAUCAUAUCGCUCGGGCAGUGUAGCCAGGAUCUAAUAGUAUGAAUCGCAAUUGCACGUGAUUCUUUGCGUAGGUUCUGGAACUGGUUCGCUGAAAGCAAUUAAAGCUUAGAGAUAAGAUCUUCCUCUCACAUUUCCCUCGAGGCUGUAUGACUUGUUUCUACGAGCGAAUCCUACACCAUACGACAUACCAACCCCACCUACGAAAGAUGUAUUUCUUUCCCUUGGCUUUUCUUCUGUGGCCCAGGGGGCGGGAGUACUCCGGAUUUCAAGUGACGGUUAUAAUCGAAUGGGAGCAAAAAUCAAAACCCACUGCAAAAGAAAUCCCUACGGCUUCCAAUAAAACCCCCCAAAAAUCUCUGGACCAAAAAUUACCCCCUAAAAAUAUCCCAUGCCGAAUUUCCAGAAAGCAGAACAAGUUUGGUUCUACUUUAUUCGCAGAACUACGCGGCCGGAAUGUGCGGGCACUACCACGAAUCUUCAGAUUGUUUUGAAUAACCCAAAAAAUCCUUACUUAAAAAUAAUUGCCGAAUUUUCCUACCCUUCUCCCUCUCCCCCGGACCACAAUACAUAUCAUCCCCAGCUACGGAAAAGAUCUCUUUUCCUUAGCUCUUCUGUGGAUGCCAGAUUACAGGCCUAUGUUCACUCAAAAGUACUUUGCGCGCCUCACUGACUAUAAGACAAAACGGAAAAUCUGCGAACUCGGCAGUGGGCGCCAUGAGAAAGCAGAGAGACGAAAUUCACUUGUGCGUAAUUUGGGAUUGUUUUUUCUUUUGUCGUUUUGUGUUUCUUGUUUUUUUCCAAGCUCCGUGCGAUUGUAAUGUACUUCUAUAACUCCCACUAACGAGGUUUCCGUUAUAGAUCCGUUCUAAAGGGGCUCCCGCGAGGGAAGUCAGUUGACAAAAAAGGGCAUAUAAUAGGUCAGGAAAUCAUCGAAGACAGAUUAACUCAGCUCUCGAGUCAUGAUGAAAGAAACUUUCUCUAAAUGUAUCCGUGUUUAUUGACUUUAUUUUUAUCAUUCUCCCCUCAUUUUGUUAGUCGACAGGUGCUUCAUAUGGAAUUGCAAGAAGCCUAAGUGCUUAAAUGUGCGAACAUGUGACCAGUGUAACGAGGGAUUCAUGCGCGUAGAAGCACCUCUUGGUUUUGCCUGUGCACGUAACUGUCCUUUAUCACACACGCAAGUCAGCAAAACAACGUGUGUCAGAGGUUCGUAUAAGUCGUAUUUAAGUUUCCACUUGCAACUACGCCGCAGUCAGAAUCGUUAUCAGACUAGGGAAAAUCAAAACGGCAGAGUCUUAAACAGAGUAGCCUGAGUAUCAGGCAUUUGGGGGGAAAGGGCGAAGAGAGAGGCGAAAACAGCAAAGAGAGAGGCGAAAAGGGGAGAAAGCGAGUGGAACAAACGCCUUCCUUUCUCUCUCAGUUCUCCCCCUAACCCCCCUCAAAUCUCAAUCUCCUCUCUCCUAACCCCUAAGAAAGGCCUGAUACAGUAAAACCUGCAUUUUUCCAAGUUAGCCUAAACAGGUUCUUACAAUACAUAAAUGGUAAGUAGAACAAAUUUAGCCUGGCUAUUUACUAGUUUGUUAAAUAGAUUCUUCAUUUCUAAAGAAAAAUGCAUUACAGCUAAGAGCAUCUAGUGGUAUAUAUAUUCAGCUUAUUCAUUGAAUAAAAUGUGCGUAUCAUUAUAUUGCAGUUGGAGUGACAAAGUGCCUUUUUGUCGUCUGUAAGGAUCAUGAAUGUUAACUUAUCUUUUUACCUAAUUGUAUAUAAUUUUUUAUAUGGAUUUUAAUUUAGAAAAUAAGAACCUGUUUCAAAUUUUAGACUAAACAGCUUCUUGUAUAGAGAGGGCCUAACAGUUUCCUAAAAACCAGGCUCUUAGUCGUGGGUUUUUACUGUACUCAAGUUAUAAAGUCAAAGAGAGUACUAGUCUUCUAUUUUGUGUAUGACCCUGUCGCUUACAAUCUAGUGUAAACUAUUGUAGCUUGCGCAGUCACAAGCUGAAGCGAAAGAAUAAGCCAAACACAAUGGCUUAGAUGGAGCACUGUGAUUGGUUUAUUCUGCUUCCAUUGGCAAAUCCGACAAUCUGGUUUUCAUUAGAUCGUAAGCGGUGGCCGGGGGAAGUUAUAAAGCGGAAUAAAUCAUCCAGGGGGGUAGCAUUCCUAGUCGCCGCUUCAUGCUAUGGAAACCGGGUUAAGCUUCGGCCGUUAUUUGAGCCUUAUUCUUUUUGUUCUCCUUUCCAAUAAAACAUAACUGUUUGCAAACGAUGAAUAUAUGAAUUUCAUACAUUUAAACGUCAGAAUGAAAAAAGCUCUCCAUUUUCUCGUAUUAAAGGACUUAAAUUACGAAGUGUGAGUCUACUGUNAUUGCAAGAAGCCUAAGUGCUUAAAUGUGCGAACAUGUGACCAGUGUAACGAGGGAUUCAUGCGCGUAGAAGCACCUCUUGGUUUUGCCUGUGCACGUAACUGUCCUUUAUCACACACGCAAGUCAGCAAAACAACGUGUGUCAGAGGUUCGUAUAAGUCGUAUUUAAGUUUCCACUUGCAACUACGCCGCAGUCAGAAUCGUUAUCAGACUAGGGAAAAUCAAAACGGCAGAGUCUUAAACAGAGUAGCCUGAGUAUCAGGCAUUUGGGGGGAAAGGGCGAAGAGAGAGGCGAAAACAGCAAAGAGAGAGGCGAAAAGGGGAGAAAGCGAGUGGAACAAACGCCUUCCUUUCUCUCUCAGUUCUCCCCCUAACCCCCCUCAAAUCUCAAUCUCCUCUCUCCUAACCCCUAAGAAAGGCCUGAUACAGUAAAACCUGCAUUUUUCCAAGUUAGCCUAAACAGGUUCUUACAAUACAUAAAUGGUAAGUAGAACAAAUUUAGCCUGGCUAUUUACUAGUUUGUUAAAUAGAUUCUUCAUUUCUAAAGAAAAAUGCAUUACAGCUAAGAGCAUCUAGUGGUAUAUAUAUUCAGCUUAUUCAUUGAAUAAAAUGUGCGUAUCAUUAUAUUGCAGUUGGAGUGACAAAGUGCCUUUUUGUCGUCUGUAAGGAUCAUGAAUGUUAACUUAUCUUUUUACCUAAUUGUAUAUAAUUUUUUAUAUGGAUUUUAAUUUAGAAAAUAAGAACCUGUUUCAAAUUUUAGACUAAACAGCUUCUUGUAUAGAGAGGGCCUAACAGUUUCCUAAAAACCAGGCUCUUAGUCGUGGGUUUUUACUGUACUCAAGUUAUAAAGUCAAAGAGAGUACUAGUCUUCUAUUUUGUGUAUGACCCUGUCGCUUACAAUCUAGUGUAAACUAUUGUAGCUUGCGCAGUCACAAGCUGAAGCGAAAGAAUAAGCCAAACACAAUGGCUUAGAUGGAGCACUGUGAUUGGUUUAUUCUGCUUCCAUUGGCAAAUCCGACAAUCUGGUUUUCAUUAGAUCGUAAGCGGUGGCCGGGGGAAGUUAUAAAGCGGAAUAAAUCAUCCAGGGGGGUAGCAUUCCUAGUCGCCGCUUCAUGCUAUGGAAACCGGGUUAAGCUUCGGCCGUUAUUUGAGCCUUAUUCUUUUUGUUCUCCUUUCCAAUAAAACAUAACUGUUUGCAAACGAUGAAUAUAUGAAUUUCAUACAUUUAAACGUCAGAAUGAAAAAAGCUCUCCAUUUUCUCGUAUUAAAGGACUUAAAUUACGAAGUGUGAGUCUACUGUAAAUUAAAGUCGGUAUCAGUUCCUGCUGAAAUUGUUUUCCGAUUUUUAGCAUUUUAGAGAGUCAUCACGGUAAUUUAAUGUAUCAGUUCUUACCCUUUAUCCUUGAAAUAAGUUUUCUUUCUGAUUUUUCCUUAGCAUGCACCAAGAAUUGCAAGAAAUGUGUAAGAGGUUCUUGUUACGUUUGUGAUCGCGGCUAUGUGCUUUCCAAAGGCACCUGUAUUCGCAGAUGUCGUAGAGGAUACAAACUAUUAAACGGGAAAUGUUUGAAACAAGUACCAUUAAACAAACGUAAGUACCAUUAAAUGAUAAUAUAUAGAUAUAGCCAGGGCUAAAAGUGAAGCUCCCGUUAAUAAAUUUAUCAUUCAAAUCAAACAAAUCAUUUAACUUAAGGGCACAUUCAUAUGACCUUGUGGGAAAGGCUGAGUGAUUGUAGAGAAAAUAUAAUUUGCAAACAGUCCAAGAAUGAAACAAAUUGCACGUCGAGUUGAUAGUCUUAUAUGUACGCCCAAUAAAUAGCAAUCAUGCACCUUUCAUCACAGUAGAUUAGGCUUGGAAAACAAAUUCUGCCCACACAAAAUAUCCCGGUACCAACCUGGAGGCUAAAAGGGAGGCUACAAUAAAAAAUCACCGGAACGCUUAAAUCUGCAAGGUGUUAUACAUGGCUCAGGAUUUUCAGUAAAACGUGGGUUGCACAAACGCAUCGCACGAUUUCCUGCCAAGAAAAUAUAACACACUCCUCCCCCAGACCGGCUGACUCCCGAGUCCCUUCCCUCCCCCAGAGAGUGAACGGACGGAAGGGCGGUGUCACAACCAAAAUUUCUCGGAUGGAUAGAUUACCAAAGUAAUCACUUUGUUCUGUUUAUUUUUUACAGAAUUCAAUCGUGCCAGUUCCAAAAUCGCCCCAUGUAAGGGGAGAUUUUUGCUUGUGCAAUCUAGACUCCAAAAAAAUUUUGCUUGUGGAAUCCUGAAACCUAGGCUACUUACUAUAGGUUCUUAUAUUAAAUAUGUUCUUAUUUUCUGAAGGAAAAAAUACGCUGAAGCCAAAAGUAUUUAGUGGUAUUCAGCUUAUUCCUUAUAUAAAAUCUCCAUACCAAUACAUUGAAGUUUGAGUCAGUGAUAAGGCACCAAUUUCUCCAAAGAUAAUCCGGAAUGUUGGCGGAUUUAUCUCAUUUGCCCAAGUGUACAGGGUUUUGAAUAUAUAUAGAUUUUAGAAUAAAAAUAUUUGUUUCAAAUUUUAGGCUAAAAAGGUUCUCGUAUACAAGGGGCCUAACUGGCAAAUUUUAGCCAAACAAGUUCUUAAAAACCAGGUCCUAACUCACGAGUUUUUACUGUAGCAAAACUAGUCGUUACAAGAAUUAAUGAAUGAAUUUUUCGCUUACCUCCAUUGUAGCUUGUCGUGUGAUGAACUGUAUCCUUUGUCCCAAGCGCAAGAGUUUGAAGUGUUCCAGAUGCAAACGUAAUAUGUACAAACUGUCGGCUACACGACUGCGGGACUUUUGCUUUUCUCAUUGCCCCUCAGGAUACGCCCCUAAAACAGCAAACGGCGUCAAUUUCUGCAAGAAAGACGGUAAGGAAAGGAUAUACUAAGUUUCUUUAUUAUAUCCAUUUUGAAGUCACGGUGAUCUUUGCAACUUGGCCUCAGCGAAAUUAUUUAUUCUCAUAUGGCUCUAAAUCGCUCCAUAUAAAAGACGUCAGUUCUGUUUGCAUAAAAAAUGUUGAUUGAACUUCAUGUGCUGCAGUUUUGGUCCGAAAUCAUAUUUGUGCCUUCAAAUCCUUCUCCUGUGGCGCGCUCGUUCGAUUUUGAAAUCAUGCAUAUCAUCGGUUCAAACCAAAAAAUUGCACUCCACUCAAUUCAACAAAAAUUGUUGUUAUACAUUGUACUUACGUACCGUCUUCUCAUUGGCUAAGAACCAACAGUUAUUUUUGAAAAUUAGCGCAACUUACAGGGUACAGAAUUAGUUAUCUGCUAGCAGAUAAUAUCACAAAAACCUCAUUCAUUAAUUGUGUUUUAAUAGUUAGGGUAAGGAAAUAGAGUACUAGAUGGCAAAGGGGCUAAACCAACAAGGAACAGAAAAAACAUCUAUACCGUGUUCAUUUUUCAAUUCUUGUCUUUAGCUCAACCUUACACUAAAGGGGCUGCAGUAACCACGCCCGAACAUACCCCACAGCCUGAGUUCAGUACCCUGGAACAGACCGCUGUACCAACAGCCGAACCAGAAAUCCACACGACAGAUGGUUGUAAUACUGAGACAUAUACUGUGCCAGAGGAAAUAUGGCCAUAG